AUGAUCUCACUGUUCAUACAAUGAUGCACGUGUUUAAUUCGAGUCAUUUUUGUCCAAUAACAUCUCAAAUGUCAUUUUGUAAAUGAAUAACUUGGAAGUGAUAUAUGAACAACGUAAACAAUGAAAAGAGAGGCUAAUGCAUUUUUAACAAAAAUAACUGCGGAGAAUAGUUCGUUAUCGUCUACAAUGUUAAUGGAGCCUCUUAAAUUGAUGAACUUAACACAUAAGGGGACAAGGAACAUCACGCAUUCAUGAACUUUACAUCAACAAUAAUUUUGGUCAAUCAUAUAUAUCUCUAUUCUUUAGUCACCCAACAACCUAAUGAAAUCUCUAAAUAUAAAAAAUAAAAUAUAUUCAUUUUCUUAAAAAAUUAAUGGAGGAGUUCUGAGUUGAAACAUAUUCAUCUCCCCUUUUGACCUAGUCAUGUUGUUAUGCUCCUUUAAGCCGCCGGUCGGUUUCUCCAUAACAUUUUAUUUUCCAAGCAUUAUAUAACCAUUGAGUCCAUUUCUGAUGAUAAUAUUGUGACUAACGAAACAAAGCACACAUACAAAUUAAGAAUCAAUCUAUAACUUAUCUAAAUAUGUUGAUCGACUUUUCAGUUCUUCUUCACUUCUUUACCAUCACCGCAAUCUUCUUUGCAAUUUCAACAUCUGUUUUAUCAGCUCUCCAUCCAGAUGAAUUAAAUACGCUAGAGAAGAUAGCUACUACACUUGGAGUCAAGGGAUUGAACCUACGUAAUGGAGACCCUUGCACUUGAGGAACCUUAACUAUGGCGCAAGGAGUCUCUAUUGUUCCGAAUUCGGAGAGAAACAACACCAUUCGUUGUGAUUGUAGCUUCUACAACAACAAUACAUGUCAUAUAACAAGCAUAGAGCUCAAGACCCUCAGUCUUCCAGGGAAACUUCCACCUGAGCUGGCCGACCUUCGAUAUCUCCGAACGAUCGACUUGUGCCGAAACUAUCUAUCGGGCACAAUUCCAAUGGAGUGGGCUUCAAUGCCACACCUCACUUCCAUCUCGCUCUGCGCGAAUAAUUUGUCUGGGAUUUUACCAAGUGGGUUACAAAACUUCAAGAAUCUGACAUUUUUAGGGAUUGAAGCAAACCAGUUCUCUGGUCCGAUACCUGAUGAGAUUGGUAAUUUGACCAACUUAACAGGAAUGCAUAUUGGGUCCAAUCAAUUUACAGGAAGCUUGCCUAGCUCUCUCGCUAGACUGGUUAAACUUGAGGAUUUUAGGGUAAGUGACAAUAACUUUAAUGGCACCAUCCCUGGAUAUAUUGGCAACUGGUCUGGGCUUAAAAAGCUGUAUCUGUACGCAAGUGGACUGAAAGGACCUUUUCCUGAUGCGGUGGCCCGUCUAGAAAAUCUCGUUGAACUGAUUAUUAGUGAUACGACUGGGAUAAAUUCCUUUCCAAAUAUAUCCAGCAAAGCCAUCAAAACCCUGAUUUUGAGGAAUGUGAGUUUGUAUGGUUCGAUUCCUUCUUACAUCUGGACUAUGCAAGAGCUAAGGAUUCUAAGUGGGCUUCUUCCCUGCGCUGGUUCAAUAAACUGCACUCGUUAUCAUCGAUUUCUACAUAUAAAUUGUGGUGGAGACAAGAUAGUUAUCACAAACUCUUCUUAUGAAACCACUUAUCAACCUGAUAACUACAAAUUCAACGCGGCAACAAAUCAGCGCUUUGGAAACUGGGGAAUCAGUAACACUGGUGCAUUCACGGAUUAUCUUAGUGAGGAGGAGCAGUUCAUCUUUUCAACUAGUUUACCACUAUCUGGAAAUGCUCCUGAUAUUUAUAAGACUGCGCGUCGAUCUGCUCUCUCUUUAGCUUAUUAUGCAUUUUGCUUGGAAAAUGGACCUUACAAUGUGAAACUACAUUUUAUGGGGAUUCAGUUUUCUGAUCAAGAACUAUAUAGCCGUCUUGGCAGACGCAUAUUUGAUGUCUAUGUUCAGGGAGAAUUGUUCUUGAGAGAUUUUAACAUCAAAGAAUUGGCUAAUGGGACACUAAAGCCUCUUGUUAAAGAGAUAAAAUCUGUUAAUGUGAGCGAUCAUACGUUAGAGAUUCGUUUGUAUUGGGCGGGGAAAGGGACAACUCUCAUUCCUAAAAGAGGAAAUUAUGGUCCUCUUAUCUCUGCAAUCUCCUUGUGUCACAGUUUGGAACCACGAUGUGGAGCGGAGAAAACAAAACGUCACACUAAUUAUCCACUAAUUUUUGGGGUAACGGGUGCCUUGGUAACAAUUAUUCUCUUGGUUUUGGGAUUUUAUGCUCAGAAAAAAUGCAGAGGAGAAAAGAACAAGAGAGAAAGAGAUUUGAGAGCCCAGGGUCUGCAAACGGUUUGGUUUACUUGGAGGCGACUCCAAGCUGCAACAAACAAUUUUGCUCAAAGCAACAAACUUGGAGAAGGAGGUUUUGGAUCCGUAUUCAAAGGAGAGCUAUCAGAUGGAACAGUCAUAGCAGUCAACCAAGGAAACCGCGAAUUUGUGAAUGAGAUAGGAAUGAUCUCAGGUCUGAAUCAUCCAAACCUUGUCAAACUUUACGGAUGCUGCGUCGAGAAGAAUCAAUUGCUGCUCGUCUAUGAGUACAUGAAAAAUAAUUCCCUUGCUCUUGUGCUAUCUGGAAAAAGCCCCCUGAAACUGGACUGGGAAGCAAGACAAAAAAUCUGUCUGGAAAUCGCAAGAGGACUUGAAUUCCUCCACGAAGGAUCAAUGAUCAAGAUGGUUCACCGUGACAUAAAAACAACUAACGUGCUUCUAGAGGUUGACUUUAAUGCAAAGAUAUCGGACUUUGGAUUGGCUAGGCUCCAUGAAGAAGAACACACUCACAUUAGCACUAAAGUUGCAGGAACCAUCGGAUAUAUGGCUCCAGAAUAUGCAUUAUGGGGUCAACUGACAGAGAAAGCAGAUGUGUACAGCUUUGGAGUUGUGGCAAUGGAAAUUGUUAGUGGAAAGAGUAAUACGAAACAACAGGGAAGUGCUGAUCACGUCUCGCUUAUCAAUUGGGCGCUAACACUGCAACAGAAAGGGGACAUAAUGGAGAUCAUAGAUCCAAUCCUCGAAGGUGAUUUCAAUAGCAAAGAAGUAGUGAGGAUGAUCAAAGUUUCUCUCCUUUGCACAAACUCAUCUCCUUCUUUAAGACCAACAAUGUCAGAGGCCGUGCAAAUGCUUGAGGGAGAGAUCGAGGUAACACAGGUUUUUUCUGAUCCUGAUUUAUAUGGACACAACUGGAGCAUCUCAAAGCGGAGGGACAUUGAAACACGUGGUAUCUCAAGCACGUCUGAUGUGACCGAUCAAACAACAACGACAAUGCGAUCCUCCUUUUCGGGUUAUGAUCUCUACCCGUUAUACCCUGAAUCCAUGAUCCUAAACUCCACAGUAGAGUUUUCUUCCACGUCAUUGUAAAAUUAAAAUCAGUAGACAAUGCCUUGCCUCUUAUAGGAGAAGAAAUGUAUGUGAAGUUAUCGAAUAUUUAUAUGAAAACACAUAUCAAUAUGAAUGUUUGUUAAAAUUGAA